AGACGGUCGGCUGAUUGUGAGUUGAACGUUCUCCCCGACCGACCAACGGGCUGGGGCUGUUAUAGCCUGACACUUUCACUUUCUGAUUACUAGAAAUCAGGAGGACGUUUCCAGAGUGAAAAUACCGACACUGUCAGUAUUUGACGUUGCACUCAUCUAAACAGUGACUGUUUCUCCGUGGGUCUUACCUGGCAACGUAAUAAAGGUUGAUAAACAGCAGCAGAUCAGAGCAGAGGACAUCAAAUCCUGUUUCCCUACAGCAGCAUCAGUGUGACAAGUAUGAGUCAGGCAAGGACAAAGAGUUUGGAAAAGCCAUUCAGGAUCCUCCCACCAAAGUGGAGGACGGAGAAAUUCUUCACCAUUCUGACUGGAAAUACUCUGCGGUCUCAUGAGGAAAUCAAUCGCUGUCUCACUGCAAAAGGUUUAACUGAGGUGAUGUCACUAGAGGAGAGUGAUGUCAUCAUGGCUUUCUGUCCCAUCGUCUCUCGUGCUGGGACUGAUGUUGAAGCAGCACUGCAGCAGAUUCCAGCUGGUAAACGUGUCAUCCUGGUAGUGCUGCAUCACACCUUCGAUCCAGACUACACUGUACCUGACAGUAGCAGACUAGUGACCAGAGAGGAUGUAAAACUCACAGUGGACUGUCUCUUCCAUGAGAGCAAAGGACUACUGAAGUGUCUUCGCAAUGAAGAAGCAAUUAGAAAGAUUCUGGACAGGCCAGAAAUACAGCCAAAGGUGCAGGAUGAUGAGGUCUGGGAACUAGUCAGAGAAGAAGCCAGUGAUGCCCCUGAGCAGGAAAACCUAGAGGCAAGGACAAUGAGUUUGGAAGAGCAAAUCAGGGGCCUCUCACCAGUUGCAGCAUCUGCCCUUGCAAGAGCUGGAAUUGAAGAGGACAUUGAUAUUCAAGAGUUAACAAGAGAUGAUCUGAACGAACUUCUGCCAGGCCUUGAGCAUUUCAAACUUAGGAAGAAGAUCAGUGAACUUCUAACCCAAUCUAAACAGGACACAGCUAAACCUAUCGAUUUAAUUCUUAACGAGUUUAGGGAAUUCCUUCCAGCUGUUGUCAUGAAGAAUGCACUUGUUCCUGGGGAAGUGUUACAUGGCUACGUAACUAUUCUUAAAGAUUUGGAGAAGCAGCUGGCCAACGCCCUGCACUUCAUUCAGGAACACGUUGAACUGCUUGAGAGCUACAAUCAAGAAGAGCCCAUGGAGGCUGAGGGCAAUGCUGUGUCCCCAUCAGCUGACUCUGCUACAGCAGGAAACCAGCCAUCCAAUGUUGCAGUACAUAAACAAUCUGUUAAAGGCGCUUCAGAACAACCAGCCUUAGAUGCUGUAGAGGCCCACCCCAAACGACCAAGAACAGAUAUGCCACUUACCAAUGGUGGGCAGAACAGGCAAAUCUUCAAGGACACCCCACCUCAUACUUUAGGAGCAACUGGAAUAACAUAUGCUCCUCCAAGUACCACUGGUAGUGGGCAGUUCAGGUCACAAGACAAACUGGAGACCUCAAAAUCAUACUUUCCAUACACUUCAGGAGCAGCUGCUGUUGAGCCAUCUGCAACAUCCUACAAAGAUAAUUAUCAAAGCCUAAUCACUGCUCAAAAUAGGUCCUCAUCAGUACCUGGUAACAUCCAGGCCCCAAAAGAAAAGGAAGGAAAAGAAUCUGGAAGUUGGUGGAAUUCUUUCAGUGGAUUCAGACUCAUUGAAACAAAACAUUUGCCGGAAGUUCAAGUCUAUUCACAAGUGUGUGGAAAAACCCUGAACACUCACCUUGCACUCAUGAAACAAGUGGAGGAUCUGGGACUUAAACGAAAGGAGACCAGUGUAGAGGACUGCCAAGUCAUAAUGGUCUUCUGUCCUGUUACAUCUCGUGUGGGAACUGACAUUGAGGCUGCCAUGAGCCAAGUUCCAGGUAACAGAGAUGCCAUUCUAGUGGUGAUGCACCAUACUUUUGAUAAAUGCUUUGUCACAAGCCAGAGAUCUGCAUCUCACUACAAAAACGUAGUGGAGAAAGUUAAUGUUCUCUUCCAUGACUCUGAGGGACUUCUGCAGUGUAAAACAAACGAUAAUGCAGUGACUCUCAUACAUAAGGCCUUACAGAAAUACAGCAGCAGUACUUAGACAUUAUUAAGUUCGCCAUUGUGGCAACACAAAGAAAGUGUCUGAAGUCUGUCACAAGAUUACAACGCCACCAACAUGAUUUAAAAACCUACAACUUCCACCCAGGGCGUUGGUGACUCAUUCUAGUUUAGAAUAAAGCAUAUCACAAUCUGUGUAGUGAGCCAAAUGAAAGAUUAUCUUGAUUCUCAAUAACUACAAAAUUAGUCUUCUCCCUGUAGAACCUCUGGUGUGAGUGAAUCUUUGAAGAUUAGAUACCUCAUACGUAUUUGUUUCAGCUUGUUCUACUUUUAGUAUUAGAAGCACUUAUUGUUUGAGGCAUUUCCUACUUUGUUACAUUAUGCCUCAGAGAUUGAACAGUUGUACCUACAGUAUCAUGAGAAUGUGUUUCUGAAUUUUUAGUCUUAAUUCAAUGAGAAUAAAUCAAGUACAAGUGUUGCAUAAAAUAUUGAAUAACUUAGUAAUAAAGACAUUGAUAACAUUUUUCCUCCAAACUCUUCUGAUAUCAAUAGAUUUAUUCAUUUGUGUUGAGGAAUUUCUGUCUCUGCAGAUGGACUAAUAACAUCUAUUCCAAAGCUAAAUAAAGUUGUUCUUAUUUUCAUAAAAAGAGUACACAUGCAACAUUGAUUAGAACAAGUGUUGAGUCAGAUAUGUAAUAUUUAUCAUAACACUAAUAAUGUAAUUGAUUAUAAAAAUUCUGCUGAUAUCAAUAUAAAAGCUGUGUAGCAGCAUUCAUUUCUAAACAUCCUUCUAGAAACACUUUAGGCACAUUUACAUUCACACAAAAUGUGAUAUAGGAGCACUUCUCUCUUGCCUCAGUCUUUCCAUCACAAAGUAAAGACAGGCUUUAAUGACAAAACAGCAGUUAGUAUCAUAGUUUUGUCAACUCAUGUGAACCCUGCUGUUGUCACUACCCACUGUUAAUAAAGGACACUAUAGUCAAAAUGUCAUAAGACCACCAGGCCACAAGAACAACACUUUGGUGCCAAAACACUCCAUUUUGGUGCUACAGGCCCAUGGUAAAGUAGAUCAGUCAAUGAGAAUGCAUGUUCUUAUUUCCUCAGGCACUGAAAGUAAGGCCAUGUCCCAUGAUCCAUCCAUCAACCAUCUCCACCUCGCAGAAAUAACUGUGUCAUGACACAGUGCAGAUCAUUGAUAAAUCUAUUAUGAUAUUUCAUGUGUCUCAAAUGUAAUGCGUUUAUAUGGACAGGCUUAACAGGAGAUUGUCCUCAAAUCUUCUCCCUCAACAGGAAUUGGUCUGCAACCUGUUAAUGUGUGCAGUAUGCAUAAGUGUGAAUAAAAACUUGAAAAACA